AUGUACGAGGACUCGUGGUACAACUCGAUAUUGGAGUUCCAGCAACCACAGGCACAGCAGCACCGGAGGGCUCCGUCCCAAAGCUAUGCCCACCGACGCAGGAGCAGUACCCUGCUGCAGCAGCCGAACGGGACCAAUGCGCCCAACGGCGGCGUGGAAGAUCUCGAGGAAUUGUUGGAAGAGGACGAUGAUGACUCCCCUCCCGAGCCAGACCUGGCACGACGAGCCCAAUCCUUCUCCGACUUCCAUGCUAUAGUUCGCGCCGAGCUAGUGAAAGAUGCGCCCCGAAAGAAGAGAAGGAGGAGAAGGAAGGGGGACGUUAAUCUGGAUGCUUUGGCGUUGCAUGGAAUAGAAAAUGCCCUGGAUGAAGACGACGAUAUCCUGCUCGACACAUACCAGGAUGAGCUGCUGGAUGCAGGCCAACAGGAAUAUACCCUAUACGGAGAACAGCUAUCGAUGACAGAGAGGCAUCUGGACACAUUGAUAGAAGACACAAAUAGUGCUUUGGAGCUGCUGGCCUCUCUGUCGGAAUCUUUCCGUGGGGUAGAGGAGCAGACAACAUCCUUCCAGGCCCAGUGCGAGGACCUGCUAUCGGAGCAGCGACGGUUACAGAAGCUGGCCGACGAGGUGGGGACCGACCUGCACUACUACGCCUAUAUUGACACCAUCAGCCGGCGCUUGAAUGCGCCAGGGGCAAGUCGCCUGGUGGAAGAUGAGUCGUUUGGGGAGAUUCUGGAGAACUUGGAUGCCUGUAUCGCAUUCAUGGAGAAGAAUCCCUCAUACCGGGACUCCGAGUCCUACCUGGCGCGGUACCAGUCCCUCCUGACGAAAGCUCUGCACCUGCUGGAAGUCGGCCUUGAAGCAAGGCUGGAAAGAGUCUCGUCCGAUAUAUCCAGGCAAAUUGCCGCGACACAGUCCGAAUCAGCCCGGCACGCCCUCGCCUAUGGACGCUUCGAGGAGAUGAUGCUCGAAGACACGUAUUCUCUGAUUCCCAACGUGCAGCAAGUCGUGCAUCAGGCGUACGACCCGGCUGGCAACGCCUUAUCCGGCACAAACUCUGAGAUCUACUCCAACACGGCCAACAACAUCUUCCAGGCAUACAUCGCGGCCCGUGACCGUGAUCUCAGACCUAUCAUCCAGCACGACCUGGACACAUUCAAAAAGGAGGCUAAGGAUGCCUCUGUCGAGACCGCAUCGAGGAACUUUGUUAAACAAAGCUUCGAAAGAUCUUACAACGAGGCAAUGCUCUUCGCAAAGAUCUUUGCAGUCGAGCCACACUACAGCACCGACCCGACAUCUGCCUUUGUGACGCUCAAGUCGCACCAGAGGGUCAUGGUCAACGCGACCAAUGUUGUUCCCAUCGCAAACAGCCUGCAGUCCGCAUUGCAUGCGGCGGAGUUGCAAACUAUCUGUAACAUCCUCGGGUGGAUCACCAAUGAGUACCUCGUCUCGGACUACGAAGAGGAGGAAUCUGCCUUUUCAAGACACUGCCAGGAGCUUGCAGCGCGGCUACUGGCGGAGCACCUGUGGUUGUUCACAGAUGCUGCCUUUGAGGCGGAGAUUGGGAAGUCUAUAUCCAAGAUCACAGUUCUGCCGGAUGCGCUGAAAAUCGGCCCAGUAGUCGAUGGCGUCGCAUCAUCAAAUGCCUACCCGCCGGUGAAGCGAGCCCUAGAGCUGCUGGUCAUGUUCGACCAGUCCAUGCCAAAAGAGCGAUGCCAACGAAACAGCCCGGUGGUCUUCAAGAUCGUGAAAGAGACCAUCCAGGUCCUGCAACGCGCCGAGACUCGCAUCAAGUCCACCAAGGGUGGCACAGACUCGGACCUCUUCAUGAUCAAAAACCUACUCAUACUGAAGAACGAGCUGGUCUCCCUCGAGAUAGGCGACGUGCGCAACCAGGAACCGGGGAUGCAGUACUUCUCGCAGAUCUGGAACAACAUCACGCCCCAGAACCUCGUCGGCUACGUCAGCAGCUUCAUCCCUGGCGCAGCGUCGUUCCUGUCGUCCCGCGGCGGCGGCGCUGCCACCACCACCCCGCAAGCACAACCGACCCCAGCGGCCGCGGACAGCGGGGACGCGAGCGAGCAGCUGGAUGACCUGCUGCGGCGGGCGAUCGGCUCCUUCACGCACCGCUGGGCGGUGCUGCUCAACGACUCGCGUGCGAACAAGACGGGCGGCAAGAACCUGGCCAAGGUGGAGAGGGACCUCGGGGAGAUGCUGCAGACGGCGUUUAGCAACCAGCCCGAGGUGAUUGGGAAGCUGAAUGAGGCUAUUCAGCUGCAUGUGCAGUCAUUGAGGAAGUAG